CAUACCUUGGGAAAAAAAAAAUCCUAGGGCUUAUGCCUGGUAUAAAUCCAAAUCCGGCCACCGCUUGAUCCCUCUCCGCAGCCCAUCACCGCGCCGUCGCCGCCGCCGCACCCGUCCGUCUCCUCCCUCCGCCGAGCAGUGUCCCAGUAUCCCUCCAGUCCCCAUUAUGCAGAACGAGGUGGGUGAUAUGGUGGACCUCUAUGUCCCAAGGAAGUGCUCUGCCACCAACAGGAUCAUAACUGCCAAGGACCACGCCUCUGUCCAGAUCAACAUCGGGCAUGUGGAUGCGAAUGGACUGUAUAAUGGCAGUUUCACCACGUUUGCCCUCUCUGGAUUCGUCCGCGCCCAGGGUGAUGCCGAUGGUUCUUUGGACAGGCUCUGGCAGCAGAAGAGGGCUGAGAUCAAGCAGUAGAUGAGUUCCGUGAGGAAGAUUUUGCUAGGAUAGAUAUUUAUGAAACCGCUUUAAACCUUUUCUCAGGAAUCUGUUAUGGGUGUUUAUGCUUUGCCUAUGAAUGGUCUAUGAUAAAACCGUGGACUGCACGCAGUGCUUAUGGAAACCUUGCUUGAAGAAUCAUUAUAUCUUUGUCCAUGAAUGGUCUAUGUUUCUAAGAGGAAACACCAGACUUGGUGUAAUAUGCUUCCUGGCAAUGUACCUGAAUUCUGAAAUGCAUUUUAGUCGCUGCUCU